GGUUUUCAGGCUCAUUCUCAAUCGCACCCCGCCCCCUAUCAGGCAGCGCUCAGGGUUCUCUACCCCUCUGUCAGACAGCGUUCAGGGCUCCACUUCCCUUUAUGAGCGGGCGCUCAGGGUUACUACCCCCUCCUGUCAGACAGCGCUCAGGGCACUCUGCGUCCUCUGUGUCAUAGUAACAGUGAGUGGACUCGGAGCAGCAGGAAACUGAAUAACUGAUGGAAGCAGCGGCUCGCUCUGAGGGAAUCAGACAUGGACGGUGGGACCAGUGACGUGCAGGCGGAGCUGGACUCGGUGGAGGCGGAGCUGGAGCUGGUGGAGUUGCAGAUCUCCGAGCUCCUGAAGAAGCAGGGCGAGCUGAGUUCUCGAAGGAACGUUCUGCUGCGGCGGCUGGAGGAGGCCUGCGACGCCGCGCAGCCUUCGUCCUCAUCCUCAUCAUCCUCAUCUGUAAAGUCAUCCACCUCUGAAUCCGCCUUGAGCAAAGAGGACCUGAAACGCUAUGACUCCACAGACUUCCCCUGGUCUGCCGACGUGGAGCAGCACCUGAAGGACUCCUUCCACAUCCAGAAGUUCCGGCCCCUGCAGCUCCGAGCCAUCAACCUGACGCUGGCGGGCCGGGAUGUCUUCCUGGUCAUGCCCACGGGGCGGGGCAAGAGCCUGUGCUACCAGCUGCCCGCGGUCUGCUCUAAAGGGUUCACGCUGGUCGUCACCCCGCUGGUGUCCCUGAUGGAGGAUCAGAUCAUGAGCCUGAAGUCGAUGGACGUGCCGGCCGUGUUCCUGAACGCGUCCAGCAGCAGGGCGGACGCUAAAACCAUCAUGGCCGGGAUGACGGAUCAGCAGUCCCCCUUCAAGCUGCUCUACGUGACUCCGGAGAAGAUCGCCAAGAGCAAGCUGCUGAUGUCCCGUCUGGAGAAGGCCUACCAGGCCGGCCUGCUGGCCCGCAUCGCCGUGGACGAGGUGCACUGCUGCAGCCAGUGGGGCCACGACUUCAGGCCAGACUACAAGCUGCUGGGCAUCCUGAAGAGGCAGUUCCCCUCGGCCCCCCUGCUCGGCCUCACCGCCACGGCAACCAGCAGCGUCCUGCAGGACUGCCAGAAGAUCCUGUGUGUGCCUCAGCCAAUCACCAUCACCGCCUCCUUCAACCGCACCAACCUGUACUACCAGGUUCGACAGAAAGACCCCGACAGCGACGCCUCCAUGGCGGACCUCAGCUCUCUGAUCCGGACUCGGUACCAGGACCAGUCAGGCAUCGUCUACGUCUUCUCCCAGAAGGACGCGGAGACGGUGUCUUCCGAACUCCAGAAGAGGAACAUCGUGGCGUACCCCUACCACGCCAACAUGAGCCCCGAGGACAAAUCCCGGGUGCACCGCCGGUGGACCGCCAACAAGAUCCAGGUGGUGGUCGCCACCGUGGCCUUCGGCAUGGGCAUCGACAAGCCGGACGUCCGGUUUGUGAUCCACCACUCCAUCAGCAAGUCCAUCGAGAACUACUACCAGGAGAGUGGGCGAGCAGGCCGGGACGACCGUCCGGCCGACUGCAUCGUCUACUUCGGCUUCGCCGACAUCUUCCGGAUCAGCACCAUGGUGGUGAUGGAGAACGUGGGCCAGCAGAAGCUGCUGCAGAUGGUGGAGUACUGCCAGAAUGUGGACAGGUGCCGGCGGUCCCUCAUGGCGGUCCACUUCGACGAGGUGUGGGACGACCGGGACUGCGGCGGGAUGUGCGACACCUGCCGACACGCCGAAGAGUCCUCCAGCCUGGACAUCAGCAGACACGCCCGGCAGCUGAUCCGGAUCCUGGAGCUGGCGGCGUCCUCGGAGGAGAAGCUGACCCCGCUGAAGCUGGUGGAGGCCUGGAUGGGGAGGGGCCCCGCCAAGCACAGGAAGAUGACAGAGACCACCACGCUGUCCCGGGUCCAGGCCGAAGCCGUGGUCGUCCGCCUGCUGCUGGACGGAUACCUCAAAGAGGACUUCAGCUUCACUCCCUACACCACACACUUCUACCUGAAGCUGGGACGGAAAGCUGCUCUGCUGAAGAACCCUGAUCACACCGUCAGCAUGAAGAUGAAGACCAGCUCCGCUCAGGGCAAAGCCAAAGAGGGGCGGAGGUCAGUGGAAGGUGCCGGAGACGCCCCCAGGUCCAAGAAAGCGAAGGCAGCCGUGCAGUAGCCCCCCCGCCCCCACCCCCCCACAGCCCGGCCGCAAAGAGGAGCAGGAGGAGGAGGAGGUCGGGGUGAGGAGCAGCUGUACUCCUCCACCCAAACAGAAAGUGCUGAAGGAGCAGAGGAACCGGAGCAGGAGGCGGGAGCAGCAGGGGGGGGCGCCAGAGGGGGGGGUGGAGAACCUGC